UCUCAGCCCAGCUAUUUUAGGGGUCCCCUUACCUUCCCGGGGGACCUGCGGGCGUCCGGAGGGUGGGGUCCCCCCUACCGUUGCAGCUGCUGAAGACUCGAGGUCGGGCUGGCUUCUGACGCGCGCGGGCCCCUCUCCUCGUCCCAUACCCGGUUCCCAAAUGCCCAGCCCCAGGGAACUGCCCGCGAGCCAGCUCCUAGCCCCGGAAGGUGGAGCCAAAAGAGGGAGCGGAGCUUGCAGCUUACCAGAAGUCGGAGUGUGUUUGCAAACUAGUUUUUUCGCCAAAGCUGUCUGGCACCUGUCUGUUUGGGGGCGGGGAAGGGGUACAGGGAGAGAGAGAGAGAGAGCAACGCUCUUUCUUCCUUCCUGUCCCCCCUCCCCCCUUUUCUCACAGCGCUGCUUCUUUGCGUUGAGAGGGGUCUCGCCUCUUUUCUUCUCUUCCCAUUCCACCCUGCGGCCUGCACCUCCCACCCCCUUCCACCAGCCAUCCGUUGGGGAAGGGUCGCCUUCAAAGCAGGUUGUGCUUUGCCCUGGUCACAGGUGGCACCGGAGCCCAGGGCUGUGGUAGCCAGUUGGGGGUUCCUGUUGCCUGUGCCCCAGCCCUGUUUUGUAUUGGGGGUAGUGACAAGGGUGAGGGAUCUGGGAGAAUCUGAGUGGCCCUUUGUUUGCUCGCCUAGGGAUGUGGGCUGUCACCAGGGGGAGGGGGGGCUUUUUCUGUUUCUUGGAGCACCUACAGCUUCAGUAAUGGGGGGAGGGGCCCAGUUGUCACCUUCCAGGCCAGCCCUGUUGGGGAGCUCUGGGAGUCCCGGGUCUGAGCACCCACCCAGCAGUGCCUGCCCCCCACCCAGGGCCUCCUCCCCUCUGAGCUCAUCUAUAUUGCAGCAUCUAUAAAAUGGGCUCAUGGUCCCAGGCUCGUGCUGGGUGGCUGGGAGCAAACAGAGAGGAGAGACUUUGCUGCAAUCCCACUGGCACAGAGCCCGGUGACCCGGUGAGCGCUGGCUCGGCCCCAGGUGGUCGUGAGGAUUCAAUCUGAGGGCGAGCCAAUGCCGUGACCGGUCCGUGAUAAGGGCUCAGCGACCCGUAACCUCUGGUGCCGGCAUUCAUGGGAACAUCCGUGUCCCUGGGGUGACUGCAUCAGGAUCCCAUCUGGGAUUUCUUCAGGCCGGCCCGCCCCUCCCUCUCCCGCCUCCUCCCUGGGGAUCCCCAUAUGGGACGUGUGGGCUGUUCCAGGGGCAGAGUCCAGAGUGGGAAGAUGCUGCCCACCCAGGAGAUCUGGGGGGAUGGCAGUUCCGGUGGGUGGCCCCCCUGUCCCCUCCUUGGGCUGGCCUCUCAGGGCUCCAAGCAGUGACGGACAACAGAAGAGCAUUCUCCAAGAAUUCCCUCACUCCCGUCAGAACAGGGACAUGUGCCACAGGAAGGGUCCCCUACUGGGAAGCCCCCAGGGUCCCCUCUGCCUGCUGGAGGUCUCCCUACCAGACGAUAGGGGAGACUUCACCUCCCACCUUGACGGGCCGCUGAGUUGGGACACUCAUUUCAAGGGUCCAGCCGCCUCCCCUUUGGAGAAGAUGGCCUCAGACAAAGGGAGGGGUCCCCUGCAGGGUGCCCGGCCCCCUGCAGGACACUGGGUGGGAAGCCCCUGCACCCUGGGAUCCUGGUGGGCAGUAAGUACAGAAGGCAGUGACCUUGUCCCAAUCCUACCGGCCCCAUCCCAGCCCAGAAGGGAGAGUACAGGGUCCCGACGGGUGUGGUGGCUUCUUCCUGCUGCUCCACCAAGCCGGAAGAUGGAGUCAGGGGUCGAGGUGCCUCCUGGCCCUCCGCCCGAUGUCCUGCCCCCUCCCUGGGCCGCCCAGCCUCCACGCCCUGGUGGAGUCGAGUGUGUCGGCCUGUCCACACCCUCCUCCUCCAGGGUCCCAGAUGAGACUCGCCGCCCAACCCUCAGUCCCCACCCGUCGACGUGCUUAAUUUUUGCUGGCGCAUUAGCCACCCGCUGCAGUCAUCUUAUUUGUUCUUCUGGGCGUCAGCGUGUCUUCUGUCCUCCUGCCCGAGGAGCGUCAGCUGCACGAGUGGGCGGGGACAGUGUCCGUCUGGUCCCUGGCUCUGUCCUGCUCCGAGGCAGGCGCUCAGCAAAUGUAAGCUCAGGGACUGGCUCCGCCCCUCCCGUUAAAUGGGUCCGGGAGGUUGUGUGAUGGAUGGUGGCAGAAUCAUGGAUUCGUCCUUUUGGGUCUCUGGUGCUAGGGGAGCAUCAGAGGGCAGGGGAUUCGCCAGUGGAGAAGGACAAGUGUGGCCUGGGGGACCGGGAAAGGCGCGUG